UUUGCAGACGCUGAAGUCCAAAACACCGCUAUUUUUAGCCCGCAGCAGACAGUCAGCAGAACAAAAUGAGAUAAAAUCACAACCACUAGAACUGCAACGUCACAUUUAUUUAUAAACUCCCCCACCAUGCUGUUCAGGUUCGGAGUCGUUCUUUCUCCACAGUCUUCGCACGUGGAGCUUUUAGUUUCGGGCUCGCGUGAAGAAAUGGGCCAUUGGGACCCGAGUAGAGCGGUACAGAUGAAGGCUUCGCUCCAGAUCCCGUCACCUGACGAGCCCUGUCUGUGGACCGGAGAGGUGGAGCUGGCAGAGCCCGUCAAAGAUCCGUUCUGGUUCAAGUUUAUUCAAAGGGUCAGAGGCGGUUUUGUUUGGGAAGGUAGUGGUCCCAGCCAUGACAGAUGCUGCUCCUAUGAUGACAGGAACGUGGUGGAUGGAGUGUACUGCCAUCCGAUUGAUCACUGGAUCGAGAAAACAGGACACACGAAUGAGAUGAAACACACCACAGACUUUUACUUCAGGGUGGCCGGUCAGAUGGCCAUGCAUUUCUCCAGGGUGCUGCAGCGGGUGUGGUUGGGCAGCUGCCCUCGCCAGGUGGAGCACGUGACCAUAAAGAUGAAGCACGAAUUGGGCAUCACCGCCGUGAUGAACUUCCAGACAGAGUGGGACGUGCUGAACAACUCGCACGGAUGCAGGCGCAACCCUGCAGAGGUCAUGACCCCAGAGACCAUGACGCGCCUGCAUCAGGACUCUGGUCUGGUGUACGUAUGGCUCCCUACACCUGACAUGAGCACAGAGGGUCGGAUCAGGAUGCUUCCUCAAGCUGUGUUCCUGCUCCACGGUCUGCUGCAAAACGGUCACACGGUGUAUGUUCACUGUAACGCUGGAGUGGGCCGGUCCACCGCCGCCGUGUGCGGCCUCCUCAUGUAUGUGUUUGGCUGGACUUUGAGGAAAGUGCAGUACUUUGUCGCAGCUAAAAGACCUGCGGUCUACAUAGACGAGGACGCUUUGGUCCAAGCUCAUGCAGACUUCGUGGAGAAGUUUGGCCGUCGGCCUUUAUACAUCUCUUACCCUCAGACCUGAGGAGCUCGUCUUCCAACGGAAGGUCAAGCAAAGCUCCUUUUAGAAAAUAAAAAGAUUAAUUUCAGCUGGAAGGAGUUUAAGUUUCAGUACAUUUGAGCUGGCAGCCAGAGUGGAUCGGAAAAAUAUACUCUUCUGAUGUUAACUUUUAAUACCGCCAUUCACCACACACAGUUCAAGACUGUUGUUACUGUUGUGUGUUUAUGUCCAUGGGGACCUUUGCUGAGACCUUUUCCUUUCAUUUCUUGGCCAUUAAUCAAUACAGAGUCAACAGAGGUGACAUUUUGAAAGCGAGCCCUCUGCUGCUGUGUUCAGUGCCAUGAAUGAAAACAACAUGCCGGACAAAAAUAAAUGAAACAGAUUAAUAUAAG